AUGAAGGGAACACAUGGAAGGGUGAGAGCCAAUGGAGGUGAGGUAGCCGACGGCUCUGUGGGAUCUGAGGAGGAAGGCACCAUUUUUAUGGGUGUGAGUUCUUCUAGGCGUCGGAUGUGGAGAGAGCGGGGAGGGAGGGAGGGAGGGAGGGUGGGUGGGUGGGGUGCAGGAAAUGGAGCUGCUUGCCAAGGAACUCUUGACGUCGGCCUAACCAGUGCCCAGAGUAUCGUCAACUACUUAUCCAGCAUUCCCCGAGAAGCCGACCCGCGUGCCGUGGUCGCCCUUAACGACUGUGUCGAGGCCUUUGGCACCGCCGCUGGCCGCAUUCGCAGCUCUCUUAAGCAGAUGCUCCUGCUCAGCUCCCCCAGCUCCCCGUCCUUCAGGCUCGAGAUAAAUAACGUGCUGACGUGGAUAACCGGUGCGAUUGACGACGGGGAUACCUGCACGGAGGGAUUUAAGGAGGUGGUGGAGGGUCCGUUGAAGACCGACAUAUCCAAUAGGGCGGAGGAUUAUAAAAAGGUUACUGAAAAUGCGCUUGCACUGGUUCGUACAGUUGCCGAGAAGCAGGCGCCGUGA